AUGAUUUUCCUCGACAGCCUGUUGGUGGACAGGUUGCUCGAGGUCAAGCACAGCUCAAUUGACGGUAUAUCUUCGGACCACAAGAUGGUUGCGGUAAAACUGACACUCCACGGGCUCACGGAGGCGCCAUCCAGCCCGAUCAAGUACAAGAAACCAAAGGGAUUCCGAUUCAGCUUCCGUGACACAGGCAAGUUAGAGUGGACUGCAUUCAAGGAAGCAUUGGACGACCUUCUCAGCGACAAGGAAAAAAUGAGAGAGUUAGGACUCAAGGAGCCAACCGAGGACAAUGACACGAACACGCUGGAAGAUCUUCACAAAGUAGACGUGGAAAGGGCGUGGCGGUGGUACUCCAAGAACAUGCUUCAGUGCGCAAAGGAUACUCUGCCAGGAAAGAUUGUGGGCAGGUCAGGAAUGAAGCCAGAAUCGGAUCUUUCCGCGUUACAUUUGGUCCGCGAUCUCGGUCGGAUCAAACAGCUGGCAAAAUCGAUUACGGAGAGACGACAAAUUGAUUUGGAGGACGACGCGCGGGCGCGACUCAUGGAAGAACACGUCAAGUUCAAUCAACACGCAGCGUGGUGGCGAGACAAAAUGAAAACGCCAAUGGAGGAUCUCGAAGCGGUACCAGGAUGGCAUGACGCGGAGGAAAUCUGGGAGGAAUGGGUCACCAGUGUGGACAAGGGCGCUGAGAGGGCUGCAGGUGGAGAGGAAGGUGGCGAAUGCAGGAAAAAUGACGGAAUGGAUUGA